AUGACCGGAACUGAGGACGGCAUGCUGAACUCUUCAGGUUCCGAUGGUUUGCUGGGGAACAGCAGCAACGCUGGGAUGACCAGUGUGGAGCAGAUCCUCGUCCCCAUACUGGAUUCACUUAUUCUAAUUCUGGGAAUUACUGGACACACUUUAGUGAUGGUGAUACUGUGUGGACGGCAGAGGAGGGGUUUAGGACAAGCCCCCCGGGGCUCCAUGAUGAACACAGGGACGGACAUACUCCUGCUGGCUCUGAGUGCGGCAGAUCUGCUUCUGCUUUUCACAAUUCCCUUCCAAACCGUUUCCAUAGCCAUGCAGAGGUGGCCCUUUGGGAACUUCAUGUGCCGUCUGGUGGGCUUCUUGGGUUCUGCCUGCUCAUCUGCCAGUGUCUUCACCUUGGCGGCUCUGGCUGUGUCCCGUUACCUGACCGUGGUGAAGCCCACCAGGGCGUACAGUUUGCUCACACCCCGCAGGGUCUCCAUCAUCGCUUUCCUGAUUUGGGUUCCAGCCUGCUGCCUUGGAGCCCCUCAGCUGGUUUUCCGCUCUGUGGGACCCCCUCGACAAACCCCUGACGGCCUUGCCUGUUUUGCAUUCCUGUCCCAGCAGCAGCAGAUGAUCUAUGGAGUAUUUCAUUUCCUCGCAGCCUUCAUGCUUCCACUCAUCACCAUCGCAGUGGCAUACGGCAGCAUCUAUGUGUUCCUGUGGCGGGGCCAACAUGCCGGCAGGACCCCUCAAUUAGAGCGCUAUCAAAGCAAAGUGACCCAAACAACAGCCAUGCUGGUGCUGGCUUUUACUCUGUGCUGGCUGCCCUCGUAUGGACUGACUCUGGCCUUACUGGCGGAUAACAACUCAGGGGCAACAGGGGCCACGCCGCGUUACGGUGCCUUUAGUGUGUUUGCACGCCUAAUGGCAACCUCCUCCACGGUAAUGAACCCCUGCCUCUAUGUGCUGAUGUCCCAAAAGUUCAGACAAGAUCUGCUGAGAAUUUUCAAGAUGAAGCGUCGAAAAGUAAAGACCAACGUGGCGAUGUCUGCAGUCUGA